AUGACCCAAUUCCCGUCUCCCCCCAUAGGAAUCCCGCAGCCGCCGCCGUCCCCGCCGCCCACCUCCCGCUGCUGUAACUGCUGCGCUGCCCCCUCCGGCCCGGACGGCUCGUCCCGGCCGAACCCAUCUCGGAACCGGGACCCUCCGAGCCGCAGCCCGUCCCCGCAGCGCUACGGCCGGGCCGCCGACAGCAGCCGAGAGGACGGUACCGAACCGACACCGGCCGUGGCCGAAGCUCUGGGCUCCAUGUUGGCUUCGUGUCGGAUCCGUUCCCCGUCUCCGGACUCCGCCAUCGAUCGUUCCUUUAUCGCCACCGGGUUGGCGGCUCAAACGUUGGAGAAGUUCUUAAAGCAACGACCGGGUCGGGACCGGAAUCACGAGACCGAAACCGACACCGAGACCGAGCCCAAAAGCGGAGCGAUGUGUCACGUGGAGAGCGCGGGGAGAGCGGUGAGCGAAUGGCAGCCCCGGAACCGAACCGGGUCAAUGACGGGGCUGCGGUGCCGGGGGUCCGGCUGGCACACGGUGCGGGGAUGCUGCGCCGCCGUCGAGGUGCUGAGCGGAACCGGCUGCUGGGAACGACGAGGAGAAACAGAACCCGGCGGGGUCCAAACGGGACCGAACCGAGGGACAGCGGGGCAGGGGAACCACGCGUGGAUGGAGCGGCACCGGAACCGGCACCGGGAUGGAAACGAGACCUGCGGGUGCUGCGGGGCGGCGGGGAGCGGGGGAGCAGCCAGGAACGUGGAGCGCCCCCCGUCCCCGCCGUGUCUCACCGCCCCGGAUCCGCUCCCCACCCGCCCUCGUAGCUGCGACUGCAGCGCCCCCCGGCGGCACCGCCACGAACUGCGCCGCGAGCUCCGCGUCACCUCCAGGAGCUGCCACGGGCCGGUGGAGAUGGGGGGGGGUCCCAACCGACCCCCCCCGGAUCGAUGCCCCCAUCAUCAUCAUUAUCACCACCAUCAUCAGCCCCCCCCCCAGCAGAGCCGCAGAGCCCCCCCCCGGCCGUGCCAGCCGCUGAACGCCGUGCAGUUCGUCACUAAGAGCUUCGAGCUCAGGGCGCACAGAGACGCGGCCAAAGCGGAGAGAGACGGGGGGAGGGUCGGGAGCCCCCCCGGGGGGGAGGGGGGAAG